UACUGAUAAUGCUUCAAAUUGUAAAGGUGCUGGAGAAAUCAUUGAGGGAAUGUUUCCACAUAUUUAUUGGACUCCUUGUGUUGUGCACACUCUUAAUCUUGCUUUGAAGAAUAUAUGUGCAGCAAAAAAUUUGGAAACUAAUCAAGAAACUUAUGAAGUGUGUCACUGAAUCACUGAAAUCCAUGGGGAUGCUUUGCAAAUCAAGAAUUUUAUAAUGAAUCAUUCCAUGAGGCUUGCAAUUUAUAAUCGGUUUAGCCCUUUGAAAUUGCUUUCAGUUGCUGACACUCGUUUUGCUUCUAUUGUUGUGAUGCUUAAAAGAUUUAAACUUAUUAGGCGUGCUUUAGAAGCAAUGGUUAUGAGUGAUCAAUGGGCACAAUACCGAGAAGAUGACCAAGGCAAAGCUAGAUUUGUUCGUGAUAAAGUGGUAGAUGAGGAUUGGUGGGAAAAUGUUGAUUACAUCAUUGCUUUUACUGGGCCCAUUUAUGACAUGAUCAGAGUUUAUGACACAGACAAACCAUGCCUUCAUUUGGUUUAUGAGUUGUAGGAUUCUAUGAUUGAAAAGGUGAAGCAAGUUAUUUUUUAUCAUGAAGGAAAGCAAGCAGAUGGGCUUUCUCCUUUUUAUUAUGCGGUUCAUCGAAUUCUUGUUGAUCGUUGGGCAAAGAGCAACACUCCCCUUCAUUGUUUAGCCCAUUCAUUAAAUCCAAGAUUUUAUAGUGAAAAAUGGCUUCAAGAGGGAGAAGGUAGAGUGCCUUCUCAUAUGGAUGGAGAAGUAUCAACUGAGAGAAUUAAAUGCUUUAGGAGGAUUUUUUCUAAUGAAGAUGAGCGAAUUAGAGCAAAUGAUGAAUUUGCAAAUUUUUCUUUGAAAAGUGGACCUUUUGCUGAUCCUGAUUCUAUUGGAAGUAUGUAUGUUACAGAUCCUAGGAAAUGGUGGGCAUGUUUUGGUUCUAAUGCACCUUUACUUCAAAGGUUGGCUUUUAAAGUGCUUGGACAACCUACUUCCUCCUCUUGUUAUGAAAGAAAUUGGAGUAUUUAUUCCUUCAUUCAUUCAUGCAGAAGGAAUAAAUUAACUCCAAAACGUGCAGAGAACUUGGUUUUUAUCCAUAAUAAUCUUCGUCUUCUGUCAAGAAACUCCUCCCAAUAUUAUGAUGAGAAGACAAAAUUGUGGGAUGUUGGUUGUGAUCAAUUUGGGAGUAUGGAAGAUGUGAGAGUUCUUGAAUUUGCCAACAUUUCAUUGGAUGAACCAGAGUUAGAGUCUGUUUUGUUUGAUGAAAAUGCAACUACAAGCAUGGAGAAGGAGAAUGAGAAAGACAGUGAAGUUGAGGAAAUGUUAUAAAUUUCAUUAUCUUUUCUUUUUUAACAUUUGAAUGUGUUGUAGUUAAUAUUUAUUUAUUAUAAGUAUGAAA